AUGGACUGCAAGAAGUUCAUCCAGUUGGUGGAGGAGAAGAAGAGGAGAGUCCUGGAGAAGAGAGAAGCCCGUCUGCAAUGGGAGCAGAAGCUAGAAGCCGCUGCUGCUGCAAAGGCGAAAUCUGAUGCUGAGCGUAGAGAGCGGAAGCUCAAGGCAGCUUCCAAGCAUAAAAAGGACAAGAAAUCCAACAGUGGGAAGCACCGGAGGCGGUCCUCUGACUCGAGCAAUGAUGAAAACAGCAAAUCGGAAGAAGAGUACGAGAGGAGAAAGAGGAGACACAAGAAGCACAGGUCCCAUGAGACGAGAGUCGACUCUUCAGAAGAUUCCGAGUCAUACAGUGACAGUGAUGAUGAUGCAAGCAAGCAUCAUAGACACCAUAGGAGGUCUGAUUCAGAGUCUAGUGAUACUGAUUCAUCGGUGCGUGAAAAGCGUCGUAAACAUCACAGGCGGUCUCGUAGCAUGGAAUCUGAUGAAUCUGAUUCUGAUGGGCAUGGGGAUCGGCAGAGGAGCAGGUCGUGA